AUGACAUCCCCAACCGCAACCGCUCCCACAGCCAUCACAAACCCACCCCCUGUGACCAACACCACCGCAGCCAUCACCAACCCAACCCCCGUCACGGGCACCACCACCGGCAUCACCGUCACCGCCCCUGGCACUGGCGGCAACGCCCGCUUCAACGCCGACGCCGCCAACUGGGACUCCAACCCCUCCAUCCAACUCGCCACCUCCCUAGCUUUCGAAUCCUACCUCGCCCACCUCCCUCCCCCCUCCGUUCUCUCCACUUACAACGUCCUCGAAAUCGGCUGCGGCACCGGCCUGCUCUCCCUGAUGCUCGCCCCGCACGUCCGUUCCCUCACAGCCGUCGACGCCGCCGAGGGCAUGAUCGAAGUUCUGUCCCACAAGCUUGCAUGGGGCGGCGCCUACGAAAAAGUCAAAAACGUCCGACCAGUCGCCUAUCUCCUCCAAGACCCAGAGGAUCCCGUACUGAAAAUUGACCCCGUAACGGGUCUGGCGUGGGACGGGAAAUUCGAUUUGGUUAUCUCCCACUUAGUCCUGCACCACGUCGCGGACUUGCCGGCGCUGUUUCGCACUAUUUAUGGUACGCUCACACCUUCACUUAACGCUGAUGGGACGGGUGGGAGGGUCAUAACGACGGAUUUUGAGAAUUUCGGGCCGGAGGCGAGGAGGUUCCAUCCCGAAGCCAAGAUGGAGGGCGUGGAGAGACAUGGGAUUAUUAAGGAGGAGAUGGAACUGGUGCUAAGGGGGGCUGGGUUUGAGGAGGUCAGGGUUGAGAGGGGGUUUGUGCUCAGUAAGAAGGUGGAGAGUGAACCUGGCAAGGGGGAUAUGGAGACGGGGCCGGUGGUGGAGUUUCCGUUUUUGGUUUGUGAGGGGAGGAGGGUUUAA